GAGCGCGAAGGGGCCUGCAGUGCAUUCUGGGGAAGUCUCAGCGCUCUUGUCUUUGUUUCCGGCUCUAGAGCCGAGUUUGGUUUCACAAAAGCUCUUCCAAGGUGCGGUUCCCGGGUUCCCGGGUUCCCGGCUCCCCACAGAGGCGCACAUACUUCCUCCCUCGGUUUUCGGCUGGCGCUGGGGUCCUGCCAACGCCGCCAGCAUGUCUGGGGUGCGCGCUGUGCGGAUCAGCAUUGAGUCUGCCUGCGAGAAGCAGGUCCAGGAGGUGGGCCUGGAUGGCACUGAGACGUACCUGCAGCCGCUGUCCAUGUCCCAGAAUCUGGCGCGUCUGGCCCAGCGGAUCGACUUCAGCCAGGGUUCGGGCUCCGAGGAGGAGGAGGCGGCGGGGGCAGAUGGCGACGCGCAGGACUGGGCGGGCGCCGGGUCCAGCGCGGAUCAGGACGACGAGGAAGGGUUGGUGAAAUUUCAGCCUUCCCUUUGGCCUUGGGAUUCAGUGAGGAACAAUUUGAGAAGUGCCCUGACAGAGAUGUGUGUUCUCUAUGAUGUUCUCAGUAUUGUUAGGGAUAAAAAAUUUAUGACUCUUGAUCCUGUCUCUCAGGAUGCACUUCCUCCAAAACAGAAUCCUCAGACGUUGCAGUUGAUAUCUAAAAAGAAGUCACUUGCGGGAGCAGCACAAAUCCUACUGAAGGGGGCAGAAAGACUGACUAAAUCAGUCACUGAAAACCAAGAAAAUAAGCUACAAAGAGACUUCAACUCUGAGCUUUUGAGACUGCGGCAACACUGGAAACUUAGAAAAGUUGGAGAUAAAAUUCUUGGAGAUCUGAGCUACAGAAGUGCAGGAUCUCUGUUUCCCCAUCAUGGUACAUUUGAAGUAAUAAAGAAUACAGAUAUUGAUCUGGACAAGAAAAUACCUGAAGAUUACUGUCCCCUUGAUGUCCAGAUUCCUAGUGAUUUAGAGGGGUCUGCAUAUAUCAAGGUUUCAAUUCAAAAACAGGCUCCGGACAUAGGUGAUCUUGGCACAGUUAACCUCUUCAAACGACCUUUGCCUAAAUCCAAACCAGGUUCCCCACAUUGGCAGACGAAAUUAGAAGCAGCACAAAAUGUUCUCUUAUGUAAAGAAAUUUUUGCACAGCUCUCUCGGGAAGCUGUUCAAAUUAAAUCACAGAUCCCUCACAUUGUGGUGAAAAACCAGAUUAUCUCUCAGCCCUUUCCAAGCUUGCAGUUAUCUAUUUCUCUGUGCCAUUCUUCAAAUGAUAAGAAAUCCCAAAAAUCUGCUACUGAGAAGCAAAGUCCAGAGGACCAUCUUUAUGUCCUAGAGCACAAUUUGCAUCUACUGAUUAGAGAGUUUCAUAAACAGACCUUGAGUUCCAUCAUGAUGCCGCAUCCAGCAAGUGCACCUUUCGGCCACAAGAGAAUGAGACUUUCGGGUCCUCAAGCUUUUGAUAAAAAUGAAAUUAAUUCAAUACAGUCAAGUGAAGGGCUCCUGGAAAAAAUAAUUAAACAAGCAAAGCAUAUAUUUCUGAGGAGUAGAACUGCUGCAACCAUUGACAGCUUAGCAAGUCGCAUUGAAGAUCCUCAGAUACAGGCUCACUGGUCAAAUAUUAAUGAUGUUUAUGAAUCUAGUGUGAAAGUCUUAAUCACAUCACAAGGCUAUGAACAAAUAUGCAAGUCCAUUCAGCUGCAGUUGAAUAUUGGAGUUGAGCAGAUCCGAGUCGUACACAGAGAUGGAAGAGUCAUCACUCUGUCUCAUCAGGAGCAGGAGCUGCAGGACUUCCUUCUGUCUCAGAUGUCACAGCAUCAGGUGCAUGCAGUUCAGCAGCUAGCCAAGGUUAUGGGCUGGCAGGUCCUGAGCUUCAGUAAUCACGUGGGCCUUGGGCCCAUAGAGAGCAUUGGCAAUGCCUCUGCCAUCACAGUGGCCUCCCCGAAUGGUGACUAUGCUAUUUCAGUUCGUAAUGGCCCUGAAAGUGGCAGCAAGAUUAUGGUUCAGUUUCCCCGUAACCAGUGUAAAGACCUUCCAAAAAGUGAUGUUUUACAAGAUAGCAAAUGGAAUCAUCUUCGUGGACCGUUCAAAGAAGUUCAGUGGAAUAAAAUGGAAGGCCGGAACUUUGUUUACAAAAUGGAGCUGCUUAUGUCUGCACUUAGCCCUUGUCUACUAUGAUUUUCUUCCAGACCAGUUUCCAGAUAUUUUUUUCCAGAGAAGUUUCCAGAAACUUUGAGAAAUGUUUGCAGAUCAACUAUAAGCACAAGGAAGAAGAAUCUUCCAAAGGAGUAUUGUUUUUAAAAAGUCAUAAUUAGCAAAAGUUUACCUAGCAUUUUGAAAACUUUCACUUUAUAAGUGACAAGUGCUUUGAAAUGCAAAAGUUUAUUUACAGUUAUAGGGUAUACAAGUAUGGAUAGAUGUAAAUACUUUUUUUUUUUAAUGCAGUUAACUUGAACUGUUACUAACUUAUGGAUUUGAAUUUGCUUUUUAAAAUAUUCCUUUGGGGCUUCCCUGGUGGCGCAGUGGUUGAGAGUCCGCCUGCCAAUGCAGGGGACGCGGGUUCGUGCCCUGGUCUGGGAAGAUCCCACAUGCCGUGGAGCAGCUGGGCCUGUGAGCCAUGGCCACUGAGCCUGAGCGUCCGGAGCCUGUGCUCCAUAAUGGGAGAGGCCACAACAGUGAGAGGACCGCGUACCGCAAAAAAAAAAAAAAAAAAAAAUAUUCCUUUGAUGUUGACAUCAAAUAAAGCAUAUGGUUAAAUUCCAGACACUCUGAACUCAACCUCAGUGAAUUGUGUCUUUAAUUGACUUGUUUCAUUCCACUAUUUAUUGCUUAAGAGUAUUUAAACACUCUUAAGACCCAGCUUUCAUACAGGAAUUCCCUCCAGUUGAGAGAAGCAGAUCCUUUCCCUGAAGUGCAACAGAGUACUCUCCAGCCAAAGGAGCCUGUUCUCCACUCCCUACCAGAGCUAUUAAAGCGAGCUCUUGUAUUAGUGGAUAAAGUACCUCUUCCUCUGAUUGUCUUUGUUAUGCAUGCCUGGGUCUACUACUUUGAGAAAUUCCUUGGAGAGUUCCAGCUGAAGGCCUGGAAGGCAGACUGUAUCUUUAGUGUUUCCUCAGGUCCCUCCUUGGUCUGUUUUCCCACUUGAAAGACCUCAUUUGCCUUGCCCCACUAGGCACCUGCUCCUGCCUGGCCCUGCCCCUGGCAGCCCUCAGCUUCAGCCAGCAACCCUGGAUUGCUUCUUCCGACUAAAGAUUUGUCCUGUCUUACUCCAUUAGCUCUCUGCAUUUUCCCAGGGAAAAUACAAAUGGAGUAAUGGAAUCCAUUUUGCAAAGAAUAAAUAACAUGAACUUCUUGGAAAUAGUGCCCCAGUCCUAAAAUAUGUCUGAGGAACUUCACUUAAUAAUGUUCCCAGUGAAUUUGAGGUUCUUGCUUUGUCGAGAAAGAAUUUGGAGACAAAGUGAUAGGUAAGAAGUGGAUUUAUUUAGAUAGAAAUACACUCAAACAUGUGGACCAUCUCAGAAGGCGAGAGAGUGCCCUGAAAUAUGGCAUGGUUAAUUUUUUUUUUUUUCCCUUUUGCGGUACGCGGGCCGUACCUUGCGGAGCACAGGCUCCGGACGC